UUUUCUGAACUAUCGUAUGGCAACGCCGUCAUCAAGCUGAUUUUGACAUUUGUAUGUCUUUAUUUACAUUUGCACUGUAUACAAAAAUAAAUCAUAAUCACAUCACAUCUUAAAAUCGCACAGAAAUCGACAGAGAAAUAAAAGUAAGGGUCUGAAAGCUACGAACGCAUAGUAAUAAUUAUAAAUCUACAUACGUGGCUCCAGUGCAAAUACCACACAAGAAGGGCAAAACAGACAGUGCACAGUAAUCGCUAGAUCAAUAGGAAGUUUCCAUGACAGCAGAGCCAUAACACUGCCGUAGUUUUGCAAAUUUUUUUUAUAACAAAACAGCAAGCAAAUUCACAAAUAGAUACACAACACCUACGCUUACGGCAUUAAAAUGUUUUUGUUCGACUGGAUGCUGCAACGUAUUUUGCCAGUGAUCUUCCUUUAUCUAAGGCCGUUCAUUAAAUGGUUUUUGCACACAUUUACGAGACUAUGUGAGCUGCAACGCAUUGUAUAUGGUGCACAAGCAGGUGCAAGUCGCACUCGUCAAGUCGAACGGUCGUUAAUGCUAUCACAAAAUGUCGAUAUACAACAAUUACUGCGCGAAUUGGAUACCGCGGUAGAGACAUGUAGUGAAGAUGAACUACGCCAAUUACCUGUACGCGUUGUUAGUGUGGUACAACGCGUAAAGCGCAUAAAAUCAAAAAUCCAUCCUGACUUUGCGCCCCUCUUUGGCACUUGUGUACUGCACAUAUGGAGUUAUCGACAUCUGCUACAUCAGGUAGAACGGUUACGUGCAGAGCCAUACGAUGCAAAUAACUUGGAUCACGAACAGAAGUUAUUAGAAUUGUGGAACCGUUUGAUGCCAGAAGAACCACUGGAAGGACGCAUCACAAAGCAAUGGCAGGAUAUUGGCUUUCAGGGUGACGAUCCCAAAACGGACUUUCGCGGUAUGGGUGUACUUGGUUUGGAAAAUCUUCUCUUCUUCUCACGUGAAUAUCGUGACGCAGCACAUCACGUCCUGUUACAUUCGAAACAUCCUGUAUAUGGUUAUACAUUCGCCAUAGUGGGUAUUAAUCUCACCGCAAUGGCAUAUCGCUUGCUCAAGUCUGGCGAUGCCAAAGUACAUUUCUAUAAUGUGGCGAAUUCACUUAAUCAGGCCUGCUCGCUUAUACAUUUUCAUAAAUUCUAUUGCUAUUUACUUUUCGAAUUCGACCGGUUCUGGUUAGAAUCGGAACCAACGAAUAUAAUGGAUUUCCGUGAAAUAUAUCAACGCUUUGAAAUAUUAAUCAUGGAAGCUUUACAUAAUGACAAAACACUAUUCAAAACGAAUCUCGUAGUGGAGGAUGUUUAAAAAGUGAGACAACAACGUUUUAGCUAAUAACUAUAUAAAAUCUACAAUGUACAAUUUAAAAGAAUGUAUAUAAUAAUAAGUAAUAUUCUAGCACUAUUAAUUAAAUAUUAUUGAAUAAAUGUUUAAAUGCAAUAUUAUGCAGCUUUUCACUCUUGUGAUUUAUAUCGAAA